GGUGGGUGGCGUGCGGAGCGGGACUGGAGCCGCCGCCGCCGCCUGGGCUGCCGCUUACAGAACCUGCCUUGCGCCUGGUGCUGUCGGGACGAUGCGGCCGGGGCCCGGAGGCUGCUGCUGCCGUCGCCCGGUGCGGGCGAACGGCUGCGUGGCGAACGGGGAAGUGCGGAACGGGUACGUGAGGAGCAGCGCUGCUGUCGCCGCAGCCGCCGCCGGCCAGAUCCAUCAUAUUACACAAAAUGGAGGACUUUACAAAAGACCAUUUAAUGAAGCUUUUGAAGAAACACCAAUGCUGGUUGCUGUGCUUACUUAUGUGGGGUAUGGUGUACUCACUCUCUUUGGAUAUCUUCGAGAUUUCUUGAGGCAUUGGAGAAUUGAAAAGUGUCAUCAUGCAACAGAAAGAAAAGAACAACAGGACUUUGUGUCAUUGUAUCAGGAUUUCGAAAACUUCUAUACAAGGAACCUCUACAUGAGGAUUAGAGACAACUGGAAUCGACCGAUCUGCAGUGUGCCUGGAGCCAGGGUGGACAUCAUGGAGAGGCAGUCUCAUGAUUACAACUGGUCCUUCAAGUACACAGGGAAUAUAAUUAAAGGCGUGAUAAACAUGGGUUCCUACAACUAUCUCGGCUUUGCACGGAACACAGGAUCAUGUCAAGAAGCAGCUGCCAAAGUCCUAGAGGAGUAUGGAGUUGGAGUGUGUAGCACUCGGCAGGAAAUCGGAAACCUGGACAAGCAUGAAGAGCUAGAAAAGCUUGUGGCAAGUUUCUUGGGAGUAGAAGCUGCUAUGGCAUAUGGCAUGGGAUUUGCAACAAAUUCAAUGAACAUUCCUGCUCUUGUUGGCAAAGGUUGCUUGAUUCUGAGUGAUGAACUGAACCAUGCUUCGCUGGUUCUAGGAGCCAGACUCUCGGGAGCAACCAUUCGAAUCUUCAAACACAACAAUAUGCAAAGCCUAGAGAAGCUGUUGAAAGAUGCCAUUGUUUAUGGUCAGCCUCGGACACGAAGGCCCUGGAAGAAAAUUCUAAUCCUUGUGGAGGGAAUAUAUAGCAUGGAGGGAUCUAUUGUUCGCCUUCCUGAAGUGAUUGCCCUUAAGAAGAAAUACAAGGCGUACUUAUAUCUAGAUGAAGCUCACAGCAUUGGGGCUCUGGGCCCUAGAGGUCGAGGUGUGGUAGAUUACUUUGGCCUGGAUCCUGAGGAUGUGGACGUUAUGAUGGGCACAUUCACAAAGAGCUUUGGUGCUUCUGGAGGAUACAUUGGAGGCAAGAAGGAGCUGAUAGACUAUCUGCGGACACAUUCUCACAGUGCUGUGUACGCCACGUCACUGUCGCCACCUGUCGUGGAACAGAUUGUCACCUCUAUGAAGUGCAUCAUGGGGCAGGAUGGCACGACCCUUGGCACAGAGUGUAUCCAGCAGUUAGCUGAAAACACGAAGUAUUUCAGGAGACGUCUGAAAGAGAUGGGCUUCAUCAUCUAUGGGAAUGAAGACUCUCCAGUGGUGCCUUUGAUGCUCUACAUGCCGGCCAAAAUUGGCGCCUUUGGACGGGAGAUGCUAAAGCGGAAUAUUGGUGUAGUUGUGGUGGGAUUUCCUGCUACUCCAAUUAUUGAGUCCAGAGCCCGGUUUUGCCUGUCAGCAGCUCAUACCAAAGAAAUACUUGAUACUGCUUUAAAGGAGAUAGAUGAAGUUGGGGACCUGUUGCAACUCAAGUAUUCCCGUCAUCGGUUGGUGCCUCUACUGGACAGGCCCUUUGACGAGACUACCUAUGAAGAAACAGAAGACUGAGCCUUUUUGGUGCUCCCUUGGAGGAACUCUCCCUCCCCCAGGACAGCGUGUGGCCUUUCUGAGCCAGUUCCAGGAACCAUACUUCUGUGGCCAUCUCACGCAAGAGACGUUUCCUCAACUACUGACGGUGGCCACCUCGUUCUAAAUGGCAUUUUGUAAAUAGUAAAAAAACUGCUUCACAUUCUUCCUUUGCUACAUUUCACCUUUAAGAAAAGAGGUGACCUCACUCUACUUUUUUGUCCAUUAAAAAUAUUUUAUUUUA